ACGCAGGCGAGCUACCCGGUAAGCCGUCUGUCUGGGACGCGUUGGGGAAACGGAGGAAAACACAAGUGCCGCCCGUUUAAACCGGCACUUUUCGCAGCGAUGCCGGUCCACUCCCGGGAGAAGAAAGACGAAGAGAUGGAGGUGGACUUCCCCGAGCAGGACGGCAGCAGUACAGACGAGGAGGACACCGUUAGCUCCUCCGUGUCCGACGAUGGAGACAGCUCCGAGAUGGAUGACGAAGACUGUGAGAGGAGGAGGAUGGAGUGUUUGGACGAGAUGACCACGCUGGAGAAGCAGUUCACGGACCUGAAGGAGCAGUUGUAUAAGGAGCGGCUGAGCCAGGUCGACGUCAAACUGCAGGAGGUGAUGGCCGGCUCUGCCCAGGAAUAUCUGGAGCCCCUCGCCAACCUGCAGGAGAACAUGCAGAUCCGCACCAAGGUGGCAGGGAUCUAUAAGGAACUGUGCCUGGAGUCUGUGAAGAACAAAUACGACUGUGAGAUCCAGGCGGCCUGCCAGCACUGGGAGAGCGAGAAGUUGCUGCUCUUUGACACCGUGCAGAGCGAGCUGGAGGAGAAAAUCCGGCGGCUGGAAGAGGACCGACACAGUAUAGACAUCACCUCAGAAUUGUGGAACGAUGGAUUACAUGCGCGGAAAAACAAGAAGAAGGACUCCUUCUGCCCGGUGAAGAAGAAGAAGCCUGUCGUCGUCUCUGGUCCAUAUAUUGUUUAUAUGCUGCAAGACCUGGACAUUCUGGAGGACUGGACCGCGAUAAGAAAGGCGAUGGCUUCUCUGGGCCCGCACCGAGCCAAGGUUGACGGGGGCGGAGUCAAGACGGACCGGCAUCACCACGUGGCGCGCUCCGAAGACGGCCGGCUCUUCUAUGACAAUCAGUGGUACUGCAGAGGACAAUCCAUCUCCAUCAACAGGAAGGACGACUACCCGACCAGCGCCAUCAUCACCAACGUCAACAACGACGAAGUGUGGUUCAAGCGACUGGACGGAAGCAAGUCCAAAUUGCACGUCUCCCAGCUGCAGAAAGGCAAAUACACUAUCAAACACUCGUGAGCGCGCAGGAGGCAGUCGAGCAUCUCAUCAUCACCAUGCCUUGUCCGCAAAAAGAAACAAAAAACAAAAAAAAAAGCAGACGCUUGCUGAGGCAAAGACGACUGUAAAUAUGUAAGUAUGUCGAUAACAUGUUCACAAAGUGUCAUUUAAUGCAACGUGCUGCUAAGAAACAGGGUGGAAGGAAGCUGGAGCUGCGGAGAGCUCGGCGCCUUCCUGAGUCGAUGACUCGGCAGGAAUCGCACGGUUAGAAGUGUCAAUGCAGCGAGGCCUUAUGUGCUGCGGGGAGAGCAGAGCCGAGGAGCCACGUGGGACAGAGAGCAUCAGCGUGAUGGCUAUUGCACACGUUUUUAAACGGAAGGGUUUUAGGUUGUGUUCCAGUGCCGCAGCGUUGAUUUUAAUGCACUAAUUUCCUUUUUUUUUUUUUUAAACGGAAGUUCGGAGAAUGUUUAUUGUGAUCGGUCUCCUGUUUUCUGGCUGCAAUAUAAACCUGAGAUGGAGGUCUUCUGUUACUGUCUUGUUACUUUGGAUGUUUUAUACAUGCUGUAUCUCACAGUGUUGCCUGUUUACAGUCUCAUAAAGUAAAGACGCUUGCUGUGUUUCAUCUGCGGCGACUGAGAUUUUGCUCUUAUUUUUGACAUCUUUAUGAGUUGUGUCACAAAACUGUCCAAAUAAAUUCACGUGCCAUUGAGCGCUUGUGCAUGAGCAGCAGUCCCCAUGUGUUAUUUCAUGUUCUUAACUCGAGAACAAAUAAUCUCCGGCCUGAAGUCACCCAAAGGUCCGGCCAGCCAUGUGACAGAAGCAGCUUGUUUUGGGGGAAUAAUGCUGAGCCGGGGCUAUUUGAUAAUGAUUCUUUGCUCUGCCUCAACCUCUCAGGCGCUGGCUGGUGCCAGAGGGCCACUCACUAGAUUAACACCAUGAUCUUGUAUUGACUCAGGAGCCGCGCUGAUGUACCGUUUUAGCCGUUGUCCAUCUGCUGGGGGGGGCGCGCCGUCGCCUCAUGCAGAACCUCCGCGGCUUCUGAUGGAUCAUCUGGAAAGGUCGAUCUGGUUCUCUUGCAGGGUGAUGAAUUGAAAUCCAUCA